CGUUCCAUGUACUAGUAUCAUACCGAAGCUGCAAGCUGGCAAUAAUGGCUUCCGAAGGAAGCUGAGAAGAUGAUAAGGACAAAAGAGAUUGGACAGCUAUAUGUUUCUGUAAAUGUGAAGAAGUCAACAUACCAGUGAUAAUGGGCUCUCUAGCUAUUAAGAAGCUGUCCAGAAAGAAGUUAGACUUCCUCCUUAAAAUAUCUAGUCACUGUAGAAUGUACAGCACAAGUGGAAUGUGUGUGUUUGGAAAAGCAAGAACAAGUGGUAUAAAAUAUUUGGAACAUAACCAGCAGCACAGGUGUCUUUUAAAUGCAUCAAAACAGUUGUCAGCUCAUAAUAGAACACAUUCCAAUUCAAAUGACAAACUACAUGGUUAUUGUAAUACACAAUCAACAAAUUGGAGAGACUUCUCACACUUACACCAUCACAGUAGAACCACAUCAUUGGGACAAAUAUCAUGUGAUAGACAUUGGCAUAACAUAGGUGUUGAUCCACAUAUGAAGACCAGCCUGAUCAUGAGAACACAGCCCAGGGCAUUGGUGCCCGUAGUCAAGGUCCCACAAUGUGCUGUUGGAACGACCCCUCCUCUAACAAAAAAGAAGCCACCGGGACAGCAGCAGCAGUCAAGAAGGUCUUUCACUCUCAGCCCACAAGGCAUAGUUGAAGCUGCUCCAUCAAAUUUAAAGCCUUACCUGAGGCUUAUUAGGUUGGACAGACCUAUUGGGACUUGGUUGUUGUUUUGGCCUUGUACGUGGAGUAUAGGACUGGCUGCUGAGGCAGGGCACCUCCCUGACCCCACCAUGCUGGCAUUGUUUGGCCUGGGCUCCUUUCUGAUGAGGGGCGCUGGCUGUAUCAUCAAUGACAUGUGGGACAAGGAUUUUGAUAAGAUGGUGGAAAGAACAAAAGACAGACCACUGGCAUGUGGAGAACUGAACUUCUACCAGGCCUUGGGCUGUCUGGCAUUGAAUUUAUCAGGGUCUCUGGCAAUCCUCCUUACUUUUAAUUGGUACAGCGUUGCCCUGGGUGCCAGCUCUUUACUUUUGGUAGUCACUUAUCCAUUGAUGAAGAGAGUCACAUUCUGGCCACAGCUGUUUCUGGGGUUGACUUUCAACUGGGGUGCCAUUUUGGGGUGGGCUGCGAUUCACGGAAAUAGUGACUGGAGUGUUGUUCUCCCCCUCUAUAUAUCCGGCAUAGCAUGGACUUUAAUGUACGACACCAUCUACGCACACCAAGACAAAGAAGAUGACCUGUUAAUUGGAGUGAAGUCCACAGCUCUUAAGCUUGGAGAUAGCACCAAGCCAUGGCUGACUGGUUUUAGCAGUGCAAUGAUAACUUGCCUCACCUUAACUGGUUAUAUGUGUGAACAAACCUGGCCUUACUAUAUUGGAGUAGGGGCUGUGGCCACUCACUUAGUACACCAGAUAUACACAGUUGAUUUGAACAACCCAGAAGACUGUGGGAAGAAGUUCCGCUCUAAUAAGUGGCUCGGUGCCAUCAUGUUUGCUGGAGUGGUGGCUGGAACAUUGCUCAAAGAGAAGGAAAAUAAAGAAACAAAGUGUGACACCAAAAUGAAUUCAGAGUAAAGCCAAAGAGACUAGUAGAACUUUACAUUUUAUCACACUUUUCUGUUAAGUUUUUUUUAUAUGUAAGUAGAAAAAUUACAUG